AUGCAGUUCUACAACAUCGUUCUGUCCUCCAUGGCUUUCUACUUCUACAGCGUUGCUGCCACCGAGACAACAACCACCCCUGUGAAGUACACGACUACCACUUCAGUCAAGUACACCACCACCACUCCGAUCAAAGAAACCACCACCACUCCGAUCAAAGUAACCACCACAACCACCCCGAUCAAGUCCUCUACCACCACCACUCCAAUCAAGUACACCACCACAACAUUCAAAACAACCACCUCCCCCACCCCAUCCGGAACAACCCCCAGCAACGGCCAAAACUUCCUCAACAAGUGUCUCAACCUCGGCAUCUCCAUCGCAGACUGCACCCAACUCGCCAACAUCGCAGCCCUCAACGGCAACACCAUCAUCAUCGGUGGAUUGACUCCCCCCGGCCCAGGCAGUGUCGACAACGGUCAGCAAUUCCUGAACAAGUGCACGAAUGUGGGAAUCUCUAUCCUGGACUGCGCGCAGCUUUUGAACAUUGCUCUCUUGAACGGUAACAAUAUUGAUAUUUCUCUUGCUGAGCUCGUGGAUUUGGUCAAGGCUUUGGGUCUUGGUGAGGGGAUCCUUGGGGGAUUGUUGACUGGUUGGGGAGGACUUGUUAACUUCCCUGUUGGGCUUAUCUGA